GUGUAUACACAGGUCUUUAUACAGGGAAACCUUUUUUCUGCACAUUCUUUGUUUGUACAAUAUGAAGAGUUGGAAAGUUGGGAGUCUGUACAGAACGUUCAGUUGUAAGAAAGAACUGAACGUUUCUCAGGAUACAAAACUGGCGAGAUGUCUGACUACCCUGGAUCUGACAGCCCUUGGAAUCGGCUCAACCCUCGGAGUAGGUGUCUACGUUCUUGCGGGUGCAAUUUCAAAAAGCGUCGCAGGUCCUGCUGUGAUGAUUUCGUUCGCGAUCGCCGCGAUCGCGUCCGUAUUCGCAGGUCUAUGCUAUGCGGAAUUCGGCGCAAGGGUUCCACGUGCUGGAUCGGCUUACAUAUACAGCUAUGUCACGAUGGGUGAAUUUAUGGCUUUUCUGAUCGGUUGGACUCUAAUACUGGAGUACGUAAUUGGCUCAGCCAGCGUAGUAAGGGGACUGAGCACAUACGUAGAUGCGUUGUUCAACAACACCAUGCGGAAUGCGUUUGAAUCAGCUGCACAUAUUGACGUUAAUCAUCUCUCAUCGUAUCCGGACUUUUUCGCCUUCGGAGUGACUUUAAUCUUCUCUGCUGCGUUGGCAUUCGGAGCGAAAGAAUCUUCGGUGGCGAACAAUGUCUUCACCCUAGGAAAUCUUUUCGUGGUUCUGUUCGUGAUAAUCGCUGGAUCCGUUAAAGCUGACAUAAACAAUUGGAAAACGAAGCCUGCGUGUACGGAGAAGAAUUGUGAUUACGGAACCGGAGGAUUUGCGCCUUAUGGUAUAGCUGGUAUUAUAAGGGGAGCGGCGAAGUGCUUUUACGGAUUCAUCGGUUUUGAUUGUGUCGCAACUACCGGAGAGGAAGCGAAAGAUCCCCAGAGAUCGAUACCAAUAGCGAUCGUUGCCUCGUUAACUGUCGUCUUUCUCGCGUAUUUCGGCGUAUCUGCAGUAUUAACCACCGUCCUUCCUUACUACGAACAGAAUCCAGAAGCCCCGUUUCCUCAUAUGUUCGAUAGAAUCGGUUGGAACUGGGCAAAAUGGCUGGUAACGAUAGGCGCUAUUUGUGGUUUAUUACCCAGCUUACUGGGAGCCAUGUUUCCUUUACCCCGUAUUAUUUAUGCGAUGGCAUCCGACGGACUAAUAUUCCAGUGGAUGGGCAAGGUCAGUUCGCGAUUCCAUACACCCCUAAUAGGUACCUUUUCCGCAGGAUUUCUAACAGGAGUGCUAGCCGCGAUAUUCGAAUUGGAUCAACUAGUGAGUAUGAUGAGUAUCGGAACGUUGCUCGCAUAUUCGAUUGUCGCAACCUGUGUAUUAAUUCUUCGAUACGAAGAGAGCGAGGCGUACGAGAAAAAAGGAGACCGUGAUCCAAGAACUUUCAAGUUCAUUGUGAAACAAUUUAUUAACGCUAACAAGUUAAGUCAUUCUACGAAAUUAACAUCUCAGAUCGUUACGUGUCUUGUCGUAUGUUACGUUGUUCUAUGUGUUUGCAUCGGUAUAAUGGUCUCGAUUUUUUUCGAUGAAAUAACAACCGGUAAAAUUGCUUUUGUUUCUCCGUUAGCAAUUCUAGUACUAGUUUUAAUCCUUGCGCUUAUUUUUAUUUACAAACAACCUACUUCUGGAAAGAAGCUUCCAUUUUCGGUUCCACUUGUACCGUUUUUACCUGCACUCAGUAUUCUCAUUAACAUUUAUCUCAUGAUGAUGUUGGACAAAAUGACGUGGGUGAGAUUUUUAAUAUGGAUGGCAGUCGGACUCGCAAUAUAUUUCUGUUACGGUGUUCGGCACAGUAAAAUUAGGAAAAGCACAAAACCUGAGAAUGGUGGUACCACUAAAGAAGAAACAUGGGAGAAUAACUUUUCCAGAUGUACGUGA